AUGGCUGCUCAUUCGAUCAAGAAGAAGAGAGUCGCUGUUGUCGGCAGUGGAUCAGCUGGCAUCGCGGCGCUCUGGGCACUGGGUCAAACGCCUCACGAUGUCUACUUGUACGAGGCCGCAGAUCGGCUCGGCGGCCAUACUAAUACCGUCGAGUGGAAGCACAACGGCCAAACCACCAAUGUUGACACCGGCUUCAUCGUGCUCAACACGGCCACCUAUCCGAACUUUAUCAACUUCCUCAGACAAGUUCACGUGGACACAGUACCGACCGAGAUGACCUUUGGCGUCUCGAGGGACCACGGACUAUUCGAAUGGUCGGGCACCAGUCUUGAUGCUGUCUUCUGUCAAAGAAGGAACUUGCUUUCGCCCCGGCUAUGGCGGAUGAUAUUCGACAUCAUUCGCUUCAACCAGUUCGCCCUGGACCUGAUCCGUGAUGAUGCGGCCUCCAAGACCAAAUCCGACAUGACCAUCGGCGAGUAUCUGGAACGUCAAGGUUAUUCAGACGCUUUCCGUGACGACUACCUGAUUCCCAUGACCGCGGCAGUCUGGAGCACUAGCCCCGACAAAUGCUCGCUCGAAUUCCCAGCCGUGACGCUGGUACGGUUCAUGUGGAACCAUCACCUGUUGUCCACAGUUGCCAAACGUCCAGACUGGCUCACCAUCCCAGUUGGCUCCAAAGCGUACAUCGACGCAGUAAUGAGUCGAUUCCCCAAGGAAAACGUGUUCCUAAAUACUGCAGUCUUAUCUGUGUCGAGUAGAGAAGAUGGGAAAGUCAUACUGCGGUUUGCUGGCGGCGUCCAUGAGACCUUUGAUCAUGUCAUCCUUGCGACGCAUGGCGACCAGGCUUACUCCAUCAUCAACGCCGAUGCAAGCGAGGAGGAGCACGCCAUCAUGUCCGCGUUCCAGACCUCGGAAAACACGGCAGUCCUGCACUCGGACCUCUCACUCAUGCCUGCAUCGCGGAAAGCGUGGUCCAGCUGGAAUUACCUGACACUCUCGUCUCCCGAGAGCUCAAGUGGCAGGAUAGACCAGGUCUCGCUGACGUACAAUAUGAACAUUCUCCAGCAUAUUGACAGCAAAACAUUCGGCGACGUGCUGGUGACGCUCAACCCGCUCCAAGAACCAGACCCGAACAAGGUUCAGGGACGCUAUUCCUACGCUCACCCGUUGUACAACAGUGCAGCAAUCAGGGCGCAACAGCGUCUUCCACGGAUACAGAACAAGAGAGGCAUCAGCUACGCGGGUGCCUGGACCAAAUACGGGUUUCACGAGGACGGGUUUACCAGCGGCCUGUAUGUCGCUCAAGAGCACCUCGGGGCUGUCCUGCCUUUUCAAUUCGUCGAUUCUACGUUUAGCAGGGGACGGGAGCCCAAAAUAGGCCUCGCAGACUUGGUCUUGAGAGCUGCCGUUGUGGUGAUACAAGUGUGUCUCAUCAAUGUUCUCGACUGGACCUGGGGCAAGAUCACGCACAUGAGGCCCGCUCGAGUUGGAUGCACUAUCGACAGGCUCCAAGGCAGGGAUCAGAAACAGAUGUAA